AUGGCCGGUGAUAAGAAACGAAGAUCCCGUAGCAGGGAACGGGAUAAAGACAGAAAUAAACGUAAGAAAUCUCGAUCUAGAAGUAAAGAACGCCAGGACCGGCAUAAAAGACAUCGUUCCCGGUCUAGAGAAAGAGACAAGUACGAAGCCCAUUCCAGCAAAUACGACAAACCAGAAAAGACCGAAAGAGAUAAACAUCCUCGAAACGAUAGGGAAAAAUAUGAUGAGAAAGACAAGAAACUCAAAGAUACAAAGAAGGAGGUAACAGAAGAGGCCGAAGAUGUCAAAGUGGACAACAAAGAUGUCAACUGCAAACAGGAAGUUGCUAAGAAAGAACCUUUGUCGUUGGAAGAGCUGCUUGCAAAGAAGAAAGCAGAAGAAGCUGCGAAGAGUAAGCCAGUGUUUUUAACGAAAGAACAGCGGGCUGCUGAGGCUCUUAAACGUCGCCAGGAAGAAGUAGAGCGACAGAGAAAACAGCAAGAGGAGGAAAGGAAAAUUAUAGAGUCGAUGCAAGUUAGUCGAGUGGAGGAAAUGAAGAAAGAUGAUAGAGAAUAUAGAAGGCCUCGAGAUAGAGAUAGGGAAGAAGAAAAACAGAAAGAUAAGGACAAGGAAAAGGAGCAGGACGCUAUCAAAGAGAGGUAUUUGGGGCUUGUGAAGAAGAAGCGUAGAGUAAGGAGGCUCAAUGACAGGAAGUUUGUUUUCGAUUGGGAUGCUGGGGAGGACACUUCGCUGGAUUAUAAUAACUUGUAUAAAGAAAAACAUCAGGUACAAUUUUAUGGUAGAGGUAAUCUAGCUGGAAUCGAUAUAAAAGCCCAGAAGAGGGAUCAAAGUAAGUUCUAUGGAGAAUUGCUGGAGAAACGAAGGACAGAAGCAGAGAAAGCACAAGAAAAAGUGAGAUUGAAAAAAGUGAGGAGACGUGAAGAGAAGCAACUUUGGGAUGACAGACACUGGACAGAGAAAGAAUUGACAGAGAUGACGGAGAGAGAUUGGAGAAUAUUCAGGGAGGACUAUAAUAUUACAAUAAAAGGUGGUAAAAUUCCGGAACCAAUUCGUAACUGGAAAGAAUCUGGCAUACAGAAGGAACUUCUUGAGAUUGUGGAAAAAGUUGGCUACAAAGAACCCACCCCCAUUCAAAGGCAAGCCAUACCCAUUGGCAUGCAAAAUCGUGACAUCAUUGGUGUGGCAGAAACGGGUUCCGGUAAAACUCUGGCCUUUCUGUUUCCUCUAUUGUCUUGGAUUCAGAGUUUGCCUAAAAUCGAAAGAAACGAAGAUGCUGAUCAGGGUCCUUAUGCUAUUAUUCUGGCACCCACACGUGAAUUGGCCCAACAGAUUGAAGAAGAGACUGUUAAAUUUGGGCAGCCUCUGGGGAUUAGGACCGUGGUAGUUGUAGGAGGUCUCAGUAGAGAGGAACAGGGAUUCAGGCUUCGUAUGGGAUGCGAAAUUGUCAUUGCUACACCUGGUCGUCUGAUAGACGUGUUAGAAAAUCGAUAUCUUGUGUUGAAUCAGUGCACAUAUAUUGUACUUGAUGAAGCUGAUAGAAUGAUCGAUCUGGGAUUCGAGCCAGAUGUGCAGAAGAUUUUAGAGUAUAUGCCUGUAUCAAACCUAAAGCCAGACUCAGAAGAAGCAGAGGAUAGCAAAAUCCUUUUGGCCAACUAUAACAGCAAGAAGAAAUACAGACAAACAGUGAUGUUUACCGCUACUAUGCCCCCGGCCGUGGAAAGACUUGCCAGAUCAUAUCUCCGGCGACCUGCAGUUGUCUACAUCGGUUCUAUCGGUAAACCAGUAGAAAGGGUGGAACAGAUAGUCCACAUUAUGGGAGAAAAUGACAAGAGACGCAAGCUCAUGGAAUAUCUAUCAAGAGGUGUGGAUCCACCUGUUAUCAUUUUCGUCAAUCAGAAGAAAGGAGCUGACGUGUUGGCAAAAGGUCUGGAGAAGCUGGGUUACAAUGCUUGUACUUUGCAUGGUGGCAAAGGGCAAGAGCAACGAGAAUAUGCUCUAGCGAGUCUAAAAGGUGGAACAAAGGAUAUCCUGGUAGCUACAGACGUAGCCGGAAGAGGUAUCGAUAUUAAAGAUGUGACGAUGGUUAUCAACUAUGACAUGGCUAAGACAAUCGAGGAUUACACUCAUCGUAUUGGUAGGACUGGACGUGCUGGUAAGACUGGUAUUGCAGUCAGCUUCUGCACACAGGAUGACUCCCCUCUGUUCUACGAUCUGAAACAGAUGCUGUUGUCUUCUCCAGUUUCAACUUGUCCUCCAGAAUUGAUGAACCACUCCGAAUGCCAAGUCAAACCUAAUGCUCCAAAACGGAGGAGAGACGAGAUGAUAUUUGCUUAGGGGAGAGCAAGGAUAUUGUUUAAUAUCAUGUUAUAUCUAAAUGAUUUUAGUAGUUAAUGAAAAAUAUUUGAGGUAAAAUUCACACACAAUGUAAUAAUAAUAAUAUUAUAUGUAAUAGUUUUGAUAUUUCAAGUAAAUAAUAUACCAUCUAAUUAUUUGUGUUAGAUAACAAUACUUGAAUAAAAUUUCAUCUUUACAAAA